CUAUUUAAAUGCGACUCGCGGAAGCACACGUCACUCUGCUCUCACUACGACUAGGAGGGGUGAUAUUUUGUGUGUUGCUUUGCUCCAACUUGUUUCUGCAAGCAUGUCUGACAAACCUGACAUCACUGAAGUCACAACCUUUGACAAGUCCAAGCUGAGGAAGACUGAGACCAAUGAGAAAAACCCACUGCCAACCAAAGAAACCAUCGAGCAGGAGAAAGCAGAGUCAUCAUGAAGAUCAAACCCAAUGUGCUGCAAGCCUUUUUUUUUUUUCUUCCACUGCCACUCCAUCCACUUGACUGCAUUCACUAUUUUGGGGCUUGUUCACACACAAAUGGGUUCCUGGUCUUGUUUCUCCAGUGAGAAGAGUGGGCGAGGCUACGGAACCACACUUGAUAUAUCACUCUGGUCGACUUAUAAAUCAAAGUAACUUUGUUGUAAAUCUUAAAUAUGCAAAAUAAAAACCAUUUACAUGA